AUGUACCGUCGCCAGUUAAGCAACUUAAAUAAUCAACCCCAUUUUGAACUUUCUUCAAACAAACAGAAUGGAUAUGCUGGACUCGAGAUGACCUCCAAGAUGGCAACCGUUCGAAAGAACAAGGAAGGAUUCACUCCAAGACAAGUCAAGGCUGGGAUGGAAGCAAGAAGUGCGAUGCACAUACUCAAUGCUCCAAGCACCAAAAGUCUGAAGUAUGCGAUCCGAUCUGGUCUCAUCAAGAACUGUCCUAUCACCAAAGAAGCGAUCAAUCAUGCCGGAGCAAUCUUUGGACCUGACGCCUCUACAUUGAAAGGCAAGUCAACAAGACCAACUCCGAAGAAGGCGUACGACGACUUCUUCAGUCCACCAGAGGAAUUAUAUCAACACAAUCGAUCUAUUACCGUCUGUAUUGAUCACAUGGAGAUCGAGAAUGCUAAGUUUCUCACCUGCAUUAAUACCACUGUGCAAUAUUGCUCAUGUAUUCCCGUGCAGAACCUGAAGACUGACCCUGUAUUUGAAGCAUUGGAUAAGAUAUUCUGCCGCUACAACAAGGCAGGCUUUCAAGUCAAGAUCAUCAAGUGUGAUCCGGCGUUCAUUCCUCUAACGGAUGAUAUGCUAGAUGACAUGGGUGAUACUAUUGACGCAACUGCAGCUGAAGACCACAAGCCUACAGCCGAGCAAAACAAUAGGACGCUGAAAGAAAGAGUCAGAGUAGCUCUUGCACGAUUACCCUACAAAGUGGUCCCAAAAGUGAUCACUGAAUGUCUUGGACGUCGAGCCGCCGAGCUAUUGAAUGUCUUUCCCCAGAAAGACAGUAUCACAUCACAUUUCAGUCUGCAGCAGCUCAUUGAUAAUGUCAAUAUCAACUACAAGAGUGACAUGGUUGCUGAACUUGGACAAUAUGUUCAUGCAAUUGGGACGGAUUCCAAAAAUUUGAUGGAACCCCAAAGUAUCAAAGCGAUUUACAUUGAACCUACAAAGGGACAACGUACUGGGCACCGAGUGCUCAACCUCAAUACUAAGAAGAUGAUUUCCCGACCCAAGGUCGUUGUACUACCCGUUACCAACCAAGUAAUCCAGCGUGUUGAAGCUUGGGCUGCUGCCAAAGGUGUUACUUCCAUGAAGUUUUUUGAUAAGAAGAGAGAUUUGGAGACAUUUCAAGAUGGCAAUCAAAUUGCAGGAGUGGAUGACACGGAACAAGGUUACUUAGAAGAAGCCUUUGAUCAGGACUAUGAACCUGAAGAUGAAGAUGAACGUGAUUUCAACCUACAUGGACAAUUUGAUGAUAUCGAUGACUCCAAAAGAGAAGAGCUCCAAGGGGGUUUUGGCCGAUAG